GUCCAGGUUCAGGCUGCUCCUGACUCUCUUUGUGGUCUCAGGGUUGUGGAUAAGAGUGUGGUGCUAAUGAAACCAGACAAGGAGCUGACCGCUGACAAAGUUUAUGAUUUAUUUCCAUAUUGGGAUUCUGAACUUUAUGACUAUCGGAUCCGGGACUAUGACAAUUCUUGUGGAUUACCUGACUUUCGAACACCUCCCUUUAUCCCAAGGCGAGGACCUAUCUUUCGCCCCUGGUUCCGUGAGAGAGAUCGUGAUGUGAGCACCAUAUUUCAGGGUUUGCGAUUGAAAAUCUUAACAAGUGCAGAGAUUAAGAGGCCAGUGAAAUGUGUGGACCUUCCUGUCGUUGAUGGAGUAAGUGAAAGAUCACGAUUCCCUAUUCUUUUCGGUAGCACGCCAGUGGAAGAAGAACCAAUCACCACCCAGACAGGUAGCACAGCAAAAAAAGAG